AUGCCCUCGUCUCUUUCUAAUUCCGCUGCAGAGGCCGCCAAAGAGAGAGAAUUUCAGCGGCCGAGACGAAAGAAUUCGCCUACGGUUCGACCUUUACCUCAAACCAACGCAUCAAAUGAUCGUGGCACUCGAUAUUCGAUUGCCCAGCGAGCGCAGGUUGUUUCACUCCAUACGAUAGGGUUGAAAUCCGAGGAUAUUGCUUCAUUAUUAAGAAUUCCAGCCCGGACUAUAUAUAAAAUCGUCAAGAAGGUAAAGGAGAGAGGUUUCAACCCGCAGGAAGAUCCACGCCUUCUUGAUCAUUAUGUUGAGGACGGAUAUAAGUCUGGCAGGCCAAAAGAGAUAAAAGAGACAGCCGAGAUAGAGGUUCUUGAUGAUAUUCGCCGAGGUAGGGCCGACCGCGAAAAAUCAACCGAUGUUCUCGCCUAUGAGCAUGGUAAAGCCAGGCUUAAUACGGCCCAGCGUAAGGCGCGACUCGAAUUUUGUCUGUCGCAUCAGGAUUGGACGCUCGACGACUGGAAAAAGGCUAUAUGGAGCGAUGAGACGAGUGUUGUCCUCUGUCGACGAGGUUCUCAGCGCAUUUGGCGGGAUAAGGAUGAGGCCUUUAAAAAGUCAGCAAUCCGUAAUCGAUGGAAGGGUUUCUCUAGCUUCAUGUUUUGGGGGUGUUUCUCUUAUAACGAGAAAGGUCCUUUUCAUAUCUGGACAAAGGAGACGGCUACAGAGAAGGAAGCCGCUCAAAAAGAGAUCGAUGAGUUUAAUCGAUUAAGAGAACCUGCCCUGCGAGAAGAGUGGGAGUUAGAAAUAGGCAUAAAUCGACCCGAACUGCGAACUCGCCCGAGGCGCAAACCUCAAUGGCGCUUCAAGGAGAUCGUUCUGACUAAAAUGGUCCCUUUUGCUCGUCAACUUGGCCCUAAGGCUAUAGUUCAGGUGGAUAAUGCCGCGCCUCAUGCUCAACACUUCAUCGGCAGUGUCUAUUCUCUCGCAAGCGUUAAGCAUCUCCUUUGGCCCGGCAACUCCCCCGACCUUAAUGCAAUCGAGAAGGCCUGGCCAUGGAUAAAGAAGCGGACGACGUUUCAUGGGCCUGCCCAGAGUAUAAAGGAACUCGAGAAGAGAUGGAAACUUGCAUGCAAUAACCUUCCGCAAUCUCAGAUUCAAAUAUGGAUUGAGGGGAUUGUCAACAACAUCAAAAAGGUCAUUGAGUUAGAAGGCGGCAACGAGUAUCCUGAAGGGCGUGAGACUAAGAGAUCGUAUAAGGGCCGUAGGAAGGUAGGAGAGAUCUAUAAACAUUGCUGGAUCAAUGACAAUAGUAUAGAUGUUGAACUGCGAGACAAUAUGGGGCAACGAUUUCAGCGUGGCAAUGAAUGUUCAGCUAGAUAA